UUGCCAAACAAAACGUAAGCCACAACAACAUUUGUUUGCUGAGUGAGAUCUAAUAGGAAGAGCGAAAGAGGUCGAUCAAGAGGUCCUCAAAACCCUAGUCUCGAUCGGAGGAGAGAUGAGCGAAGGAACCGAGAAGAGCCGAGGGGUCAACACCGCCGGCUACGGCGGUGCUGAACAGCAGCCGCCGCCACCGCCACCGCCACCGCAGUAUUACUACGGCACGUUUCAGGGCGUCGCCAAUUAUCCACCACCGCCACCACCUCAGCCGGUCAUCGGAUUCCCUCAGCCCAUUACUCCCCACGGAGCUCCUCAUCACUAUCCUCACGGAUAUCAAAACGUUUCAGGAUAUGCUGUUGUUGAAGGGAGACCUGUAAGAGAGCCUCGCCUUCCUUGCUGUGGUAUCGGAAUUGGCUGGAUUUUGUUUUUAAUUGGUUUCUUUCUUGGUGCCAUUCCCUGGUAUAUUGGAGCUUUUAUUCUACUGUGUGUCCGGGUAGAUAACAGAGAAAAACCCGGACUUAUUGCAUGCACAAUUGCUGCUAUACUGGUUGUGAUCGCCGUUUCUCUUGGUGCGACGAAGGCAACUCAUUCCUGAUGAUGCUCGUGCAGACUGCAAAAGUCCUUGUAUAUUCCUUGCAAAAGUCCCAGUAAAAAACAAUUGUUGGUCGGGUCAUAGUUGUGCUUGGAAGAUGUAAUUUUUAAAGCUGUAGAAAGGCAUCAUGAAGUUAUUUGGUGUUUAUAUAAAUUAUUGUGUUCUUUUUGUGUUGAUUGUGCAUUUCUAGUGGAAUACUGCAAAUACGAGCACUGAGUUUAUAAAAAUAUAGAAAACCCAGGAGUUCUAGUUGAAAGUUA